AUGUUUCAGCCAGUCAUCAUCGCAUUUGACCUUUUCGGCACCAUUCUGUCGACGGCAUCCAUAGCUCGCUCGUUGGCGGACCUGUAUGGCCCAGAGACUGCGCAGAAGGUAGCCGAUAUCGCUCGAACGCUCCAGCUAGAGUAUACGUGGCGGGCCAACAGCAUGGGUGUAUACGAGCCUCUGGAUGACCUGACUCGCCAUUCGUUCCGCGAGGCCGUCGUGGCAGCAGGAUGCUCGUCGGCUUUGUCAUCCUCACAGGAAGACGUCAUCAUGCGGGCAUACGACCGACUGGAUCUGUUCCCAGACGUACGCAGCGGACUGGAACGGCUAGUCAAGGAUGGCGUCGACGCAUGGGCCUUUUCGAACGGCACGCGUUCCAUGAUGCAGGCCACGUUAUCAUCUGCAGCCGCGUCGGCGUCUCCCGAUGGAGAUCUGGUAGGCCGCGUGUUCCCCACCAGGAAAAUGGUCAGCGUGGACGAUGUCGGCGUCUUCAAACCUCAUCCGUCCGCAUAUCAAUACAUGAGGGAGGUGGUCGAGGGCGUCGACAGCCAUGGCAAGGCACUCUGGCUCGUCAGCUCCAAUCCGUUUGACGUAGUGGGAGCGACGGCAGCUGGUUACUGGACGGCGUGGAUCGAUCGCAACGGGAAAGGAUGGGUCGACGGGCUAGGCAGUGCGAUGAACAUGGGACCGACAGUCGUGGUGGGUGGCAUGGACGAAGCCGUCAAGGCCAUUCUCGAGUACACGGGUUAUUGA